GAGGAACGAGCAAGAACAGACAAAGAGAAUAAUAUAUAACCGACGACCGAUCAACCGAAAACUGGAACCCCGAAAACCCCUGGAACAAGAAAAAACAAGAAGAGAGAAAAACAAAUCCACAACACUACAUAUUCUACAUUAUUGACAACCAAACAACCUGCUUUGAAAGAAAAUUAAAGAAAAACUGAAAUACAAAACAAACCAAAAAAUACAAUAAAAAUAUUAUAAAAUGUCUCAAAAAAUGAAACCGACCGCGUGCGUGCGAGCGAGUGAAUUCGGUGUUUUGCGUGUUGUUCGGAUACCGCGUUCUUGGCCGGUGCAACGAAAGAAAGCGUUCCUUCGCACACGUGGAGGUAAUGGAGGCGCACCUCAGGACACAUCGGGUUACUCUACGGAUUGGCAUAAAUUCGUCCGCACCCCUGACCACGGCCCCGCUUUGUUGCGGUUGCGGUAGCGGUGCAGUUUUCUGUGUGUUUCAUCUUUUAUUGUUUUCCAUCAAACGAUUGUGUUAUAAAAAAUAAACCAAAAAGAAAAUAAAAAAAAGAAACAAAAACAUGUUGCCGGCCUUUAAUCUCAAUCGCACCAAACUGUCACUGUCUCAAUGCCUGCUGCAGUCCGCGCCGUUCCAUGUCCUGUUUUUUGUAGGACCGGCAAAGGCCUAUGUAUCAUCGGGAGGGGAUAGGAGACGGGAAGAAGGAGUCGUGUGGGGUUGGAUUGUAAAAUUGGAAGGCAACGGGGAAGGGAGAGGAACAAGGAAGCGAACUGCAACGGCGACUGUUACAAAACAACAUUCUUAGCUUAAGGAGUAAAACAUUAAACAAUACUGGCAUUUUAACGCUGUCCAUUCAGUUUCAUAAAACGGAGAAGGGUUAUCCUCUCUGUGGUCAUUGCGCGGCGAUCCUCACCACCUGAUAGCACAUAUUAUACGAGCAUUAGAUGCUCGCCACAAAGCAACCAUCUCAUCUCGGUUGGGCAAGAAAUAAUUGGUCUAACAAUUGGCUGGCAAGAAGGGAAGAAGGAUGUGUAGAGCAACAACAACGACCGGAAGCGUGUUCCGUUCUGUCGGUCUGGCCACGAUUUGCUAACUAAUCUCUGUCGGGAAAUCGGCUGAGAAGCAGUUUGUUUUUUUUUGGGCAGGGUUGGGAGCUUACUGGCGCGCGGGUUGCUUGCGUAUGGUUCAGGUUUUUUUUUUGCGUUUACAUUCGUUUAAAUCUAUCUGGCCUUCAGUUACGCCUCCGUUCGUAUCGGCAGGUUUGCUACGCUUAUCUCGAAUAGUAGAAUAUCAUCGCAGGUAUCUCGCACCACGUCUCUCUCGUCUCCCUCUCUCUCUCUUUCCCUUUCUCUUUCUCUUUCUCUCUCUCUCUCUCUCUCUCUCUCUCUCUCUCUUAUGUUAUUAUGUUUUCUCGAACAUGAACUUUUCCGAAUUUUCCUUUUCCCAUUGGGCAUUCCUUUUUUUAAUCACGGUUGGAAUCAUUUGGGGGACAGCCCCCUUUCGUUGGCCACCUCGAUCUAGGACCGAGAGUGGGGCGCUCAUCUUGUACUACUAAAGUAAGGAAUUCCGCCCGUAACGCUCUCUCUCUCGAACAUCCAACAACAACACUUCUUCAAACAGAUAAAAAUAGAAAAACUUACACAAUACAAUAAUAAUAAUAAUAAUAAUAAACACUAAAACAAAAAUGAGCUAAAACAGCUUACAACCGAGCUAACAAAAUGGAUGGUGGGGUUGGGGAGGGGGUUCGAGGGUAAACACAAAAAAAUCGGAUAUAAAAUCGAUUCGAGACUCUUACAGCACUAGUUUGGGAUUUAUCGUCAUUGCACUUUCCGUUCCACAUUCCAACCGUUCAUUCGCAACGCCGUACGACUCCCUUUCUCAUGGCGCAUCCGCAUGGCUCCGGCAUGUGGUGUGUGUGUGUGUGUGGCACCACGAAGAACACAGAUUAUUGACUGGCCGGUUUCAGAAGGAGAAGAAGCUUCAGAAGGAGCUAGCGCCUUGCUAGCAGAGUACUCGAGCGGUUGAGUAUUACGUACUUCAGCGACCCCAUGUUGGGCGCCUACUACGAGCCGAGCUGAUGAGACGGUGGAAGAAGAACUAAAUCAACUAAAAACGGUCGGGAUUUGCUGAAUUGCUCUACGUACGUUCAUCUAAGUAUGCUACUAUCCUAACUGUCCUACCAUUUUCCGUUGGUUGGUUUGUUUGUUUUUAUGAGCUUAGAGACGUAAACAUUAUUAAAAAAAAAAAGAACUGGCUCCAUGGAAUGGUUAUCGCUACGACACGGACACUACGACGGUGACGACGUCACGCGACGAUGAGUAACAGAGUGAUGAGCAGCACACACACUCAUCGGUGUGUUUGUCUAUCUAUCGAUCUACUUAUCCAUAUCUAUAGCUAUAUGCUUCUUGUCUUCGCGCAUAGGAAUUAUGGGUUUCAACUAAAGCAAUAAAGGCUGGCAAGGUUUAGCGUGUAGAGAGAGAGAGAGAGAGUUUAUGAAUUUAUAAGAAAAAAAAAUAUCGAAACUAAAGAACAAGCUAGAGAUGGUCCCGGAAAUGAAAUGCACAUUUACACAAUUUCCACAACUCUGAAUGCAAACGAGUGAAAGAGAUGAAAGAUGUUAUAGCAAGAGCAAUAAUUGAAUAGACAUUGUGUAGUGUCCUGGGGAAUUCAAGAGAAGCAACCGAGUAGAGAAAA